UCAUCCAAAAACAACAACAACAACUGCAGAAGUUUACGUGCGUGAAAAAUUUAGUUAAGGUUUUUAGAAAACAAAAAACAGUAUUUAGCAUCAACGAAAACAAAUUAAAAGUGCUUUGAAUGCUGCAGCUAACGACCAGGCAAUCAAUAAACGGCUGCAUAUUAAGCAGCACUGAUAAACGAAGUGUAUUACAAAAGUGAAAACAGUGCCAAAAGCCAACAGCAAAAUCAAAAGCAAACGCAAAGGCAAAAGCAAAAAAAACGGCAGAGAAAAGCAGAGAAAAAGCUAUACAUCCCAUACAUGCAUAUGUACAUACACAAGUGGUGCUCGCGGUGCACUUGACGCCCUGUUCAAUAAGUUAUUUUACUUGAUUUUCCUGUAGUGUGUAGCCCAAAAGUUGCAAUUCGUGCAGCUGCUUAUACCACAAAGUCAAACAUUAACCGCACACAGACACACUCCAUACCCACACACACACACAUACAUUCUCAUAUUGCGUAUCAUAAGAAAGAAAAACCUGCAACAACAACAAAACACUCCAACAAACGUCAACGUCAGCGUCAACGCCGACGCAGCCUUCAAUUUGCACCUAUACAUCAACACACACACAUACACAUUCAUACGUUUACAUAUGUCGUACAUGAUGGCCAAGACUUUGGAGGAACAGAGCUUGCGGGAAUGUGAGCAUUACAUUCAAUCGCACGGCAUUCAGCGCGUCCUCAAAGACUGCAUCGUCCAACUGUGCGUCUGUCGUCCGGAGAAUCCCGUGCAAUUCCUGCGCAACUAUUUUCAGAAACUAGAACGGGAACAAGUGAAACUGGAUGCCAGCAAACAGGUAAUCAGCCCAGACGAUUGCGAGGAUCUCAGUCCAAUGCCACAAACAGCUGCACCGCCCGUGCGCAGGCGCGGUGGCAUUUCCGCCGAGCCGGUGACCGAAGAGGACGCCGCCAACUAUGUUAAGAAAGUCGUACCGAAGGAUUACAAGACAAUGAAUGCCCUCUCCAAGGCCAUAGCCAAAAAUGUGCUCUUCGCUCACUUGGAUGAGAGCGAACGCUCCGAUAUAUUUGAUGCCAUGUUUCCGGUUAAUCACACAGCGGGCGAGAAUAUCAUACAGCAGGGCGAUGAGGGUGACAACUUCUAUGUCAUCGAUGUGGGUGAGGUCGACGUGUUUGUCAACUCGGAGCUGGUGACCACCAUCAGCGAGGGUGGCAGCUUCGGUGAGCUGGCCCUCAUCUAUGGCACACCCAGAGCCGCCACUGUGCGCGCCAAGAGCGAUGUGAAGCUGUGGGGCAUCGAUCGCGACUCCUACAGACGCAUUCUCAUGGGCUCAACCAUACGCAAACGCAAGAUGUACGAGGAGUUCCUGUCACGUGUCUCCAUACUGGAGAGUCUGGACAAGUGGGAACGUCUCACUGUCGCCGAUUCCCUGGAGACGUGCUCAUUCGAGGAUGGCGAGACCAUUGUGAAGCAGGGAGCCGCUGGCGAUGAUUUCUACAUCAUCCUCGAAGGCUGUGCCGUUGUCCUGCAGCAACGCUCCGAGCAGGGUGAGGAACCUGCUGAGGUGGGUCGCCUGGGCUCCAGCGAUUACUUUGGUGAGAUUGCAUUGCUCCUGGAUCGGCCACGUGCAGCAACUGUUGUGGCCCGUGGCCCGCUCAAGUGUGUCAAGCUGGAUAGAGCGAGAUUUGAACGCGUUUUGGGUCCCUGCGCCGAUAUUCUGAAGCGCAAUAUCACGCAGUAUAACAGUUUCGUUUCAUUGUCCGUUUAAGUCGCAGCCAAUAAGCACAGCACAUUAUCAAAAACAACAACAACAACGCAGCUCGCAUGCCAACAACAACAACAAAUGAAAUCAAACAACAAAAACAAAAACAAACGCUCAGCAGCAUCAAAAAAACAAAAACAAAACAAAUUUAAAUGUGUUAAAAAAAAACCAAAACAAAACUAAAAGAAGAGGAAAAUGAAGCCCCAUUUGAGAGUUGAAAAUUGAGUUGAGCUCAAUAGAAUAAGGGGGUAGAGAAGGUGAAAGAAGAAGAGCGGGGAAGGCAAGGAAAGGGGGCAAAUUACCAAUACCAAUACCAAUAUGUUAAUUACGUAUAUGAAUUCUGUAUGUUGUGCUGAAGUUACAUAUGUAUUUGUGUAAUGUGUGUGUUUCUUUGUGUACAAGUUGCGGCAUGUUCCACAGCAGCAGCAACAAAAACAACAACUACAACUAUCACUACAAAUACUUGCAACAUGUUGCACUUUCAAUUUUUCUAUUAACAAUUUGACUAUUUGCAACUUUUGCCUUUUUGGAACCAAAAACAAAGCGAAAUGAAACGAAACGAAACUGUAUAACACUUUUCGGUUAUAACAGUGCUUUCUUUUAUAUGCGGAACAUGCUGCCAAAGCAA